AUGAGCGGCGGCGACGCCGAGGCGCCGCCCGGCCCGGCGCACCUGCGCGCGCGCGAGGUCCUCGCGACGUUCGCGUCGGACCCGACCUACGGCGACCUCGUGCACGACGACUUCGACGCCGCGGCCUUUAGCAACGCCGUCAUCGUGCGGGACCGCGACGGCGCCCCCGGCGGCGAGGGCGGCGAGAGCCACGCCGAGGCGACGGUGCGCGAGGUCGCGGCGCGGGCCGCGACCGUCGAGGAGGCCAUCGAGGGCCACCUCGACGAGUCGCGCGACAAGCUCAUCCGGAGCGCCAAGGGCCUCGCGGCGCUCCAGCGCGACGUCGAGGCCGUGGAGGUCGCCGCCAAGGAGGUGCGGCGCCGCACGCGGGCCAUGGCGCGCAAGGUGCUCGUGCCCUUCGAGGCCUGCGCGGCCAAAACCAAGCGCCUGCGCCUCGUCUUCGAGGCGAACCGCCUACUGCGACGGUGCCAGCGCGCCUUGUUCGCGCUGCGGCGCCUGCGGGAGAAGGUCGGCGCUUUGGACCGCGUCGAGCAGGCCGGCGGCGGCGUGGAGCUGCGCGAGCUCGGCGCCGCGGCCGCGCUCGUCGGCGACGUCGAGCGGCUUUUGGACGACGGCGGCGAGGGCCGCCUGAGGGGCCUCGACGUGCUCGCGGGCGAGGUCGGCUUCGUCGCGGCGACGCGCGACCGGCUCCGGGCGACGGCCGAGCGGUCGUUGCGCGUCGCGCUCGACGGCGGCCACCUCGCGGACGCGGCCGCGGCGCUGGGCGCGGCCUACGAGCUCGGCGCGCUCGACGACGCCGUCGCGGGCGCGCUCCGCGAGUCGCGCGCCGCGAGCCGCGCGGGCGCCGCGGCGGUGUUGGACGCCGAGGCGGCGCCGGCGCGGGCCGGCGCCGUCGCCGUCGCCGGCGCGCUCGCGGCGUCGCUCGAGGCCGCCGUGACGCGCGUCGCGCGGUUGGAGCGCGUGCUCCGGCGGAAGCGGGCGGACGUCGCGGGCGGCGAGCGCACCUACUACGACGUCCUAGCCCCCGGCGGCGGCGCGUCGCUCGUGGAGGCGCACUGGGCGACGAUCCUCGAGGACUGCGGCGCGGAGGUCGCCGCGCGGCUCUCGGAGGACCGGCCCGCGCCGGCCGUCGCGGAGGAGGCGGAACCCGCGCCGGAGGAGGAGGCGGCGGCGCCGGCGCCGGCGACGGACGACGAGGCGACGGCCGCGGAGCUCGACGCCAUCGACGCCCAGAGCGCGGGCCUCCUCGGCCGCGCGGCGGCGUUGGUGGACGACGCGCUCGAGCGGGCCGAGGACGGCGCGCUGGCUUUGGCCUCGAAGACGCAGCAGAUCGCGAGCGACGUGACAGUAGAGACGGCCAAGGCGACCCAGGACCUCGCGGCGAAGACGAAGGACCUCGUGGAGAAGUCCAAAUUAAAACUCGCGGCGAAGUUCCACGGCGGCGCGGCGGCGACGCCCGCGGAGGCCCUCGCGGCGCACUACCCCGCCGCGCGCCGCGCCUUCCUCGCGCUGGAUUUGAGGGUUCUCGAGAAGCUCGCGGGCGCCGCGUCCAAGGACGACGGCGCGGACGCGCUCGCCGCGGCCGCGGCCGCCGACGACGAGUUGCCCGCGGUCGACGACAUCGACCCGACGAACGACGGCGGCCUCCUGCCGCUGCAGAUGUUGCCGCCGGACGCCGACUACCUCGGCGCCGCGGCCAAGGACGCGCCGCCGCGGUCCGUCGUCGCCCUGUUCGAGGCGCAGUUCCUCGCCGUAAACGCGGAGCACGACGCGGGCCGCUACGGCCCGCCGGCCGCGGGCGCCGGGGCCGCGAGCGCGCUAGCGACGGCCCUCGCCGCGCCGCUGAGGCCCGGCGACGUCCGCUACGACAACCUGCCCGUGGAGGCCCAGGUCGAGCGCUGCGACGAGGCGCGCUACGUCGCCGCGGCGCGCCGUCGCGUCGCCGAGCCCGCGGCGCUCAUGUUCCCCGAGCUCGAGGGCUACGAGGCGGCGGUGCCCUCGAAGCACGACGUCGCCUUCAUGGUCGACGUCGCGCUCAAGGAGGUGCGCGCGGCGCUCGACGACGAGCCGAGCCUCGCGCCCGCGGUGCUGGGCCUCGUCGGCGGCGCGUGCGAGGCGUUCGCGGCGCGCUGCGGCCGCGCGCUGAAGCGCGUCCCGGCGGCGCGGUCGGCGGGCUUUAGGACGCUCGGGGCCGCCGUCGACGACGCCUGCCGCGGCGGCGUGUCGGCGGGCGACAUGGUCGUGCCCGAGGUCGCGUGGCGCGCGUCGGCCGUCGAGGAGCGCGACGCGAGGCUCGUCGCGUGCGCGGCGACGCUGCGGCGCCAGGCCGGCGACCGCCUCGGGGCUUUGGGCGUCGCCGGCGGCGCCGACGCGCUGGCGCCGGGCCUCGCGGCGCUCGACGGCCUCGGGGAGGCCGUCGCGUUCCGCGGCGUCGACGCCGCGAGUUACCGCGUCGCCGUCGAGCUCGCGGCGUACGCGGACGACGGCGCGCUCGGCGCCUUGGACGCGCCGGCGUCGCCGGCGCUCGUGCGCGCGCUGGCGGCGCUGAGCGGCCUGCGCAACGGCUACUUCGCGGCGCUGCCGUGCUGGCCGUCGCCCGCGACGGAGAGCCCGCCGUGCCGCGCGGCGCUGCCGCGCCUCGCGGCGCGCGUCGCGCGCGCGUUCGUGUCCCAGGCGGCGCUGCUGCGGGAUGUAGACGAUGCGGGCCGCGCGGCCCUCGCGCGCGACGUGUCGCGCCUCGACGACGCGCUCGUGGACUACGAGCCCGAGGCCCUGCCCGCGGAGGCGCCGCGGCGCGAGAACGGCCGCGCGCUCGCGGACGAGCGCGAGGCCGUCGUCGACCUGCGCCGCGCGCGCGGCGAGCUCGCCCUGCUCAAGCGCCUCCUCUUCGCGGAGCCGCGGGCGGGCGAGCCCCGGCCCAGGGCGAUCCUCCGCGAGGGCCGCGCGUUGCUCGCGGGCGCCGCGGACGGCCGCGACGGUCGCGCGGGCCUCCGGCCGUCGACGGUCUGGCACCACUGCCUCGCGGCCUGCGGCCACGCCCUCAUCCCUUUGCCGGAUGCGCUCCACGACGCCGGCGACGGCGGCGACGACCCGGCGCCGCCCGCGGCGCGCGCGCGCGCGCUCUACGCCGCGCGCCUCGCGGACGGCGCCUUCGACGACGCGCGCGCGGACGCCGACGGCGCCCGCGUCGACCGCGAGCGCGAGGCCUGGCUCGACGUCCUGCGCUGCCUCGACACCUGGGCCCAGCGCGCGUCCGCGUCCGGCGUGAGCUCCCUCGGCGACGUCUACGACGCCAUCCACCAGGACGGCGAGGUCCUCUUCGACGAGUACAAGGCGGCGCUCCUCGCCGCGGGGAAGUAG